UUUACUUUUACACUUUUAGAAGGACAAGCAUGGCGAGACAUGGGUUACUGGGUGUCACUUUUGUUUUGGCGAUGUUGGGAUUAUUUUUGCUGAAUUCUUCAUCUGUAAAUGCCGAGCCGGAGCUGCCUGACGAAGAGGAGGAGGAGGAGGAGGAAAGUUCAUGUCAGGGAGCGUUUGACCUCUACUUUGUGCUGGAUAAGUCUGGCAGUGUGAAGAACCACUGGGAUGAAAUAUUUCACUUUGUGGAGAACCUCGCAGUAAAAUUCAAAAGCCCCAUGCUCAGGAUGUCCUUCAUAACAUUCUCCUCAAUGGCAUCCACCAUCAUGAAACUGACAGAGAACAGAGUGGACAUCCAGAAGGGCCUUAACGCUUUAAGACGAGAGAUUCCAGGUGGAGACACGUUCAUGCACCUUGGACUUCAGAAAGCAAAUGAACAGAUUCACAAGGAAAACUUUGGGACGGCUAGUGUGAUCAUUGCGCUGACAGAUGGGGAACUGCAGGAGCAUCAGCUUAUAACAGCACAGCAAGAGGCCGAGAGAGCCAGGUCUCUUGGAGCCAUUGUGUACUGUGUGGGGGUGAAAGACUUCAAUGAAACGCAGCUGGCCACCAUUGCAGACACCAUCGAGCAUGUGUUUCCUGUCUUGGGCGGCUUCCACGCUCUCCGAGGAGUCAUUGAUUCGAUCAUUAAGAAAUCCUGCAUAGAGAUUUUGGCCGCCGAGCCUUCCAGCGUGUGUGCAGGAGAGUCCUUUCAAGUGGUGGUGAGGGGGAAUGGCUUUCUCCACGCCAGGAACAUCGACCAGGUGCUGUGCAGCUUCAAAGUCAACGACACAGUUACAAUCAAUGAGAAACCAGCCAGCGUAGAGGACACCUUCUUACUGUGCCCGGCUCCUGUCAUCGACGAAGUUGGAAAAGUGAUCUAUCUGCAGGUGAGCAUGAAUGAUGGCCUGUCCUUCAUCAGCAGCAACGUGCACAUCAACACAACAGAAUGUUUUGACGGGACCAUCCUGCUGAUCACUCUCCUGGUGCUGUUCCUGUUACUGGCUCUGCUCUUCAUGUGGUGGUUCUGGCCCCUGUGCUGCACUGUGGUGAUCAAAGAGCCACCUCUUCCACCCCCUCCUGAGCCUGAAUCUGAUGACGAUGACGAUGGCCUUCCCAAGAAAAAGUGGCCAACCGUGGAUGCCUCAUAUUACGGCGGCAGAGGCAUUGGCGGGAUCAAGCGAAUGGAGGUGCGCUGGGGAGGGAAGGGCUCCACAGAGGAAGGGGCCAAGCUGGAGAAACCUAAGAACGCUGUGGUGAAGAUGCCCGAGCAGGAGUAUGAACCCUAUGAGCCCAAACCCAAGAAACCUCACAGCAAGAAGCCACCGCAGAGCCGGAAGUGGUACACGCCUAUCCGGGGUAAACUGGAUGCCAUCUGGGCUCUGUUCCGUCGCGGCUAUGACCAAGUCUCUUUGAUGAGGCCUCAACCUGGAGAUCAUGGUCGGUGCAUAAACUUCACCAGAGUAAAGGAUGAAUCCACGGCCAAGGUCCCGCCCCGCACCCAGAACAGCGCCCCUUGUCCUCCUCCUCCGGAUUACACCUCUGUGCCUCGCAGUGCCAGCCCUCCCUCCAGAGCGCCCCCAUGUGGCCAGCUGCCUCCAGGACCUCCUCCCUCCCGUACUCCUCCUGGUCUGCCCUGUGGUCCGCCCUCUCGACCCCCGCCAACCCUGCGGCCCUGAGUCUCUGCCUGCUCAAGCACAGGCUUCUCUCACAAACUAUGGAGGUAACUGUGGUCCCGCUGCCAAAGACUCUGCUACAGGCCAAACAUCAGCACUAUUACAUUUCAGAGUGUCAAGUCACAGUCAUGGAAAUUUCAAAAUCAUUUUACAGAUGAAACGCUCAUUAUGGGGUUAAAUUACAGUUCAAUUUUAUCAUUAGGACCACUAUUUAGGACCAAAUGUGCUCAUGUGUGACUUGGCAUGUUGCACAAGUUGAAUUAGGGAAUCUCUUGCAGAGUUUGCUUUUAUAAGAUCACAAUUGUUGCUGGACAGCAAAGUUUGUACAGACACUUGUCCUCAGAGAAAUGUAAUGGAAGAUUCCAUUGUUAUUGGUAUCAACUACUGAUGUGCAAUUGAGCUAAGUUUAAAUUAUUAGAUUUAAACAAAGUAGGUUGUUUUGUAUUUGGCCAUGGUAUGGUAUUAAAGGUUAGUUUUGAUUUGUACUAUCCCAAAAUUUACAGUCAUCCAGCAACUUAUAAACCAGUGACCCCUCGGUAAAGAGCACAUUUAUUGUGAUAGAUGACUGAUCUACCAAUCAGUGACAGGGAAGUGUACAGAAAUUUUUGUAUGGAACGGUGUUGCAAUAUAUGAUUUGUAUGAAAUCCCUUUGUGAAUGAAAUGUUGGAUGUUUUUGAGGCUUUGGGUUUUGUGUUGUAUUUGUCCAUAUUUCCAUGUAGUUCAGUGUUAGAACAGUGUUAGUGUCCUGAUGUCCUGAUGGGAAGUGUAUCUGCACAUACUGCUGCUGUUCAUUUCACAGACUAACAGUGGACUCAGGUUAGACUUCAGGUAAUCGCUCUCCUCACAUACACAGCCCUGCCUUAUGUCUUAUUCUCAUAUGUUCCCUACAUCAUCAUCAGUCACAAUGCAACUGCAGGGCAGUUCAACCAACUUUAAUUUAUUCUACUCCCACUACACAGAGGAGAGUACUUGAAUAUUGACAAGGUGUCCAACCAGCACCGGACACUGUGCACAGAAUCAGAAAAUCAAUAAGCCAGUAGUGCCUUCUGUAAUCUUCAUGUUAGUUUAUGUACGUCAUUCACAUGUCAUGUUGUCAUGUGAUACAUGCCUUUGUAUGGUCCCACAUCUUUGAAGCACUGCUAGCUAUAGGUACAAACAUUUGGCAUACACUUUAUUGGAAAUAUAUGUCGUUUUCAACAUUUAUUGUAAUUGACAAAUACUAUUGAUUGUUAAUUAAAGGCAUUCUAAGAUGUUUAUGUUGACAUUGGUAAAUGUGGUGUGUGAACAAACAUGUUAUCUGUUAAAUGAAGAGCAUCACUAGAGUUCAGGUGUCUUAUGUUAACCCAAGUUUCUACAUGUAUAAACAGCAAACUGAAGCAAAUGAAAGACGUAUAUGUUUACUUCUUCUAAUUGAUACGAUUUGUUACUUUAUUAAUAAAGUUUGGCUUACAAGCUUC